GAACCCAAAUACAACGACCACCCUCCCUGCCCGCUGCCUGGAGAAACCGAAGCAGCAAGUGCGCAUGCUCGGCCAAGCCUUUUCCUCUCGCCGCUGCAAUACUGCACGCCGGCUCUUUCUCUUUCGAUUGGCUGUUCUCUAAGACCCCGGGAUGUCACGGCGUCGCGCGCAGAUGACGUAGUUCGGGCCGGUGAAGCUGGAAUCAUGGCGGCGGUGGAUAUUCGAGAUAACCUCCUGGGAAUUUCUUGGGUUGACAGUGCUUGGAUUCCAAUAUUGAACAGUGGGAGUGUAUUGGACUAUUUCUCAGAGCGUAGUAAUCCAUUUUAUGACCGAACAUGCAACAAUGAAAUGGUCAAGAUGCAAAGGCUAACUCUGGAUCACUUGAAUCAAAUGGUUGGAGUAGAGUAUAUCCUUCUCCAUGCACAAGAGCCAAUUCUUUUCAUAAUUCGUAAGCAGCAAAGACAGAGUCCAACCCAAGUUAUUCCAUUGGCCGAUUACUACAUUAUUGCUGGAGUGAUUUAUCAGGCACCUGAUCUGGGAUCGGUUGUAAAUUCUAGAGUGCUAACUGCAGUACAUGGAAUCCAGUCGGCUUUUGAAGAAGCUAUGUCUUACUGCCGCUAUCAUCCCUCGAAAGGCUAUUGGUGGCAUUUCAAAGAUCAAGAAGAACGAGAUAAGGCUAAACCAAAAGCCAAGAAGAAGGAAGAACCCAGCUCCAUUUUUCAGAGGCAUCGUGUGGAUUCAUUGCUUCUAGAUCUCAGAAACAAAUUCCCUCCUAAAUUUGUGCAGCAAAAGCAAGGAGAAAAACCCAUCCCAGUGGAUCAAAUCAAGGAGCCAGAACCAGCCCCUGAAACGGUGAAACAAGAAGAGAAGGAGAGUGCCAAGACCACACAACAGAGCACUAGUACUAAGGCGCCACCAGAAAAAAGAAUGAGACUGCAGUGAAAGAAAGGACAUUAACUUAAUUUAGAACAAGGGGUGGAUACGUUAUCUGUAGUGCCAUAUGGCAUUUCAGAGUUUAAAUGCAUCACGUUUUCACCUCUGAAUUUUAAAGACUUAUUUGCAAAGCUUUACAUACACAAGAAGGAAUGGCUUUCAGUCUUAAUGUUCAAAGCUGAAUCUCAUGUCUUCUGGAUUUGCUUUUGGAAACUUUUGCUUGAUUUUUAAGUGUUUUUUUCUGGCUGAAAAAUCUUUCUCUUAUAAAACUAGGGAGUAGACAACCUGAUGUCCUCCAGAGAUUUUUGGACUGCAGUUUUCCCGGAUUCACCUUGUCAAGUUGUGCUUUGCAAAAGAGACAAAAAAAACAACAGACCAGCCCAUUUCUUGAUCAUGUUAUGAUUAUCAUAUGAAUAAGAUCAAUAUUGUCUGCGAUCCUGUUCAUGUAGUUAUGCCUUCAUAAUUAUGUCUCCCAAUUCUAUUGUCCAAAACUCAUGUUUCAAGUGAUGCAGACUCUCCCCAAUAUAGCAAUGUCUUUCUCAUUUAAGAGUGGGAAGAUCAACAGACACGCCUAACUGCUUUCCUGUAUCUUGAUACACUGCAACCGGGGUAGACCAGGACCUCCAAAUGUUCUUAGAAGGCCUCUGUGGAUGAUGUUCUUGUAAAUCAUCCACUUUCAGGAAAAUAGCUGGACACGUCCCCUGAUCAUCAUAAAUUCAUCAAUGCUACAGAAAUUGCUAUUUCACUUAAAAGCUGGUUUUACAGAGGUUUUUUCCCCUCAGUUGUCUGGCUGGUAAAGAAUUCUGACCUAUGCAAUUAACCAAAAUGUGGGUUAUGGUAGUGUGUGUUUAACUUGGGCUAUUGUAACUAACUAGCUGGAUGCUUGCCCUUAUAAUGUGGGACUUGUGAAGAAAGUAGUAAGCAGAAGAUUUUCACCAUGAAAAUAUAUACAAUUUGCUCUAUUUAGUCCAUGUAUUCAGAAGUUUGAUGUAGGCUGAAUUUUCACAUUUUCUAACAUCUCCUUGACAUGCGUCAAAAUUGGAACUUCCAGCUUCAGUUUAUAUUACUGCAUAUAUUUGCUCUUUACAUGUGCUAAUGCAAAAAAUAAAUCCACAUCCUGAGAUGUUGUUUUUGAACUUGCAUUAUUUUUCAUGAGUUUGUUUGACAUCCAGUUAUAUUUUCCCAUUCAUUCUGCUUCUGUCAAUGAACAAGGACAAUUUAAACCUUCUCAUGAAAGGGAAAUCUUUUGGAAUUGAUUAGGGCCAGGGGAUUCAGAGAAGGAAAUACUGGCACAUCCUUGUUUAUGUAAUGUUAGAUUUAACCCUUUGCCCCCCAAUUGAGAUUCCUAUUGUGAUAAUUGUGUAAGAUUUAAGAACGCUAAUUUUGCCAAAUAUGAUUGGUUAUUUAAUUUUUGUCCAUUUUUGAUAGGCUGGAAAAAGUGCUGUUUAUUUUGUCUUAUUCGUGACAUGUAUCAUAAUAUUGGGGAAUAGCAGUCAGUAGGCACUGAAUUAAUUCAGUGAGAUUGCAAUAUACUGUGUAUAUAAAGAAUGGAUGCAAGUGGGAUUUACACUCAGGAGAUCUCAGCAUUUAUUUAACCUAGGAACCUGAUAACUUUAGAGGACUGAUUCUGGAAGAAAUAUACUAUAAUUUAAUUUUUUCAUAUGUUUUCUACUGCCCAGAAUAGUUUUCUCUCUGAUAUUAUUUAUAUGUAUGGCAACAGUAUGUUUAAAUGUCUGCAUCUUACUGGCACUGAAGAAAUUUCCUUUAUAAAAUAGUACCUAGUUUGCAAUACUACCUAGUUUGAUUAUGGAAUGGGUAUAAGACUAAAUCCCUUUUCAAAAUGUCCUGUGUUUGGAUGUUACAUUGCGGUUUUUGUUUUUUAAUUCUUAAAUACACUGCUGUAUUUUAGCUGCUUGUUUCCCCUCUCUAUUAUUAUAUUUCUGUAUUGUAUCAAUGCAAAACAAAAUGUUUAAAUAUUUUGUAAGAAAUUCCAACUUCAAAACAAAAUAAAGUUUCAAUUUUGAAAACAA